AUGCAUCUUGUAUUUCCUAUUGCUGGAUUAUCCCUUUCGGGCCUGGCAUAUGCCGGCUCGAGUUCCAGCGCGAGUGCCUCAACCACUCUGGCUAGUUCCAUCGGGACCUCUUCUAGCACUCUUGAAAUUCCCAAUGGCGUUUCGUGUGCUUGCGCAAAGCUUGGUCAUUCUAUGCCUAAGCGCAUGAUCUUCCCAGGCUCUACAGACUAUGUCAUUGAGACGAUCGACAAGUUUUGGGAUGUUCGCGCUGACCUUUCACCGGCUUGUGUUGUGGUACCCAAUACCGCCAGUGAGGUUUCGCAGGCUGUUAAAAUCAUUGGUUCCUGCAAUGCACAAUUUGCUGUUCGGGGUGGAGGUCAUAUGAAUUACCCCGGGGCGAACAACAUCGACGCUGGUGUUCUUAUUGCCCUGUCAAAUCUGAACUCUGUCAAGGUGAAGAGAGAUACGGUAGACGUGGGUCCCGGUCUCACCUGGUACGACGUGUACUCAGCACUCGAGCCCUAUGGCCGCGUUUGCAUCGGAGGCCGUAUGAAAACAAUCGGGGUUCCUGGUCUUACUUUGAUCGGUGGCUUCCACUACUUCAACAACAAGUACGGAUACGCCAUGGACAAUGUUGUUAACUACGACAUUAUUCUCGGAAAUGGCACCCAGAUCACCACCAACAAGACCUCCCACAGUGACCUCUUCUGGGCUUUAAAAGGCGGUGCGAAUAACUUCGGUAUCGUUACGCGAUUUGAACUGAAGACCUUUAAUGUGCCAAAGGUUAGCACCACUAUCCAGAUCUUCAAUGAAACCCAUAUCCCUGAAUAUCUCGCCGCUGUUUGUGAGGCUGCCAAGUUGAACGAAGAGGACCCGACCGCCGCGGGGAUGAUUGCUACCAUCUCAUACAAUACAACCACCAAGAUAGCUCAAGGCACUCUCCUGGGUGUUCAGGAGGGUAUCAGCAACCCCCCUACCGAAUUCGCCAACUUCACAAAGGUCCCUGCCAUUCAACGCAUCCACAAUGUUACCACGAUCAAGCCUUGGGCCAACCAACUUGACUCUCCAAAGCAAAUGUUCCGGGUUCAAUUCUCUCACAAGACCAUGAAGCCCGAUGCAGAUGCCCUGUACUCGAUCUUCCAAGCUUGGAAGGAUGCAGUGGAUCAAGUCGCGGAUGUCGAGGGUCUUUAUCCUACCUUCGUCACCAAUGUCAUUUCCCCCACCUCUGUCCGUGUGGCCAAGACCAAUGGUGUUGGUAAUGUCUGGGGACUUGAAGAAGAGCCUCUGAUCAUUUGGCAAUUCAGCACUGGCUGGGCCCUCGCUCAGGAUGAUCUCCGUAUGGAAGCUUGGUCUCGUCAACUGAGCGAACACCUCCACGUUAUUAACCAAGAAAAGGGCAUUGCUUCCGAAUUUGUCUAUAUGGGAGACGCUGGUGAAUGGCAGGAUCCCUAUGCUGGUUUCCCCAAGGAGAAUGUCGCUCGUAUGAGGACGGUCAGAUCGGCAUACGAUCCUAAAGGAGUGUUCUCCAGACUCAACUGGGGUGGUUUCAAGCUAGGGCUGUAA